AUGGCAGAAUUUUUAUUUCCAUUCGAACCAUAUGAUAUCCAGGUCUCAUUAAUGCGAACUAUUAUUUCGUGUAUUAAUGAAGGAAAAAUUGGAAUAUUAGAAUCACCGACAGAUGAAGAUGACUGGUUGAACGCCCAUAUUACGAAGGUUAAAGCUGUCGAGGAUGCGAAGGAACUUUUCAAUGAGCUUGAAAAUGAUAAGAAAAUAAAUGAGCGUAUUCAAAAAGCACUGGGAAACUUGAAGGUUGAACGAAAACGGAAAUUACUGGGUGAUAAGGAUGUUGAGGGAAAAAACGAUGACGAAACAGACGAUAUACUGGAUGAAGAUUUUACAAAUGAUCAGCUUGCAAGUAAAGUUCCGGAAGAGCCGACUCCGACCUGUACAAAAAUAAUUUAUGCUACACGAACACAUUCUCAAUUGUUACAGUUUGCCGAAGAAAUCAUGAAAACACGAUUUCAACCAAGAGUAGUAACGCUGGGAUCGAGACAACAUUUAUGCGUCAAUGAAUCAGUUCGUGCCUUACAGAAAACGAGUCUUAUGACAGAACGAUGCAACGAAUUACGUGAUAUUAAAGCCUCGGAAAAACGUCAAAAAGAUGACGAUGACAAAGUACUCUUUCUUUCCUUCUUAAUCAUAAUUUGA